GUGUUGCGGCCUCGGCCCCGCCGCCAUCUUGAAUGUUAAUGUUUCCUUACGAGAAAAAAAAAUUAUAUAUAUAUAUAAAUAUCCCCCCUCUCUCCCGGUGCAUCACUUGUGACAUUAACCCUUUCCACCUCACACGCCUUUUACCCUGCUAUCUGCACUAACGGGAUCCCCCUCUCACACAUGUUCUCAUGUCGACAACAGAUCUGCACUAUUUGUAAUAAAAAUCCGAUUUGUGUGAUUUUAGGGCGUCUUAAUCCUUGCUGGAGCGAUCUGAAGGGAGGAGGUGGCCCAUCCUAUUGCCUCAAGCCCAGCAAAAUGUUUAACUUUGCAAAAACACUGAUGUGAGAAAUGAAAAUCUGUCAGCAUCCAGCAUUGUGACUGAUACAUUCCUGAGUGAAGGAGGCCUGAACAUCUGGGUACACCCAUUUGUCCUAUUUGUCAGGGCCUAAUCAGAGAGUGACUAAAUGCAACUAGGCCAGGCUGAAUGUUGGCAUGAAGUGGUUGGGCGAAUCCAAGAACAUGGUAGUGAAUGGCAGGAGACAUGGCAGCAGGCUGUCCAGUGAACACUAUCUGAGUCAGAGUAAGCCGCAAAGUUCAGGGAGAGAAAACUUAAGAGCCAGCAAAAAUGUUUCCGAUCAAAGAUCAAGCAGGUGUAGCACUGGCUCAACACAUGCAUUUGAAUCUCAGAGUCGCUAUGUUCCUUCUUCUGGAAUGUCUGCAAAAGAGCUAUGUGAAAAUGAUGAUCUUGCAACAAGUCUGGUAUUGGAUCCCUAUUUGGGGUUUCAGACCCACAAAAUGAAUACCAGGUUUCGCCCAAUUAAAGGGAGGCAGGAGGAGCUGAAAGAAGUGAUUGAGCAUUUCAAGAAAACUGAACACCCGGAGAAAACCUUCAAAAGUCUGACAUCUGGCGACUGGGCACGGCAUUAUUUUCUGAACAAGAAUAAAAUGCAAGAGAAACUUUUCAAGGAACAUGUCUUCAUUUACUUGAGAAUGUUUGCAACUAGCAGCGGGUUUGAAAUAUUGCCUUGCAGUCGUUAUUCCUCGGAACAAAAUGGCGCCAAAAUAGUUGCAACUAAGGAAUGGAAGCGUAAUGACAAAAUAGAGCUUCUUGUGGGUUGUAUUGCUGAACUGUCUGAGGCGGAAGAAAAUAUGCUUUUGCGUCAUGGAGAAAAUGACUUUAGCGUCAUGUACUCCACAAGGAAAAACUGUGCUCAGCUGUGGCUUGGGCCAGCUGCCUUCAUCAACCAUGAUUGCAGACCUAAUUGUAAGUUUGUAUCAACUGGCCGUGAUACUGCAUGUGUUAAAGCCCUGAGGGAUAUUGAGCCUGGGGAAGAGAUCUCUUGUUAUUAUGGCGAUGGCUUUUUUGGUGAAAACAACGAGUACUGCGAAUGUUACACAUGUGAAAGGCGGGCGACUGGUGCUUUUAAAUCCCGAGUUGGACUUAAUGAGCCGCCUCCUGUGAUCAACAGUAAAUACGGACUGAGGGAAACAGACAAACGUUUAAACAGACUCAAAAAGCUUGGUGACGGCAGCAAAAACUCAGAUGACCAGUCGGUCAGCUCCAACACGGAUGCUGACACAUCUCAGGAAAAAUCAACAAGAAACAAAAAAUCUUCAAUUGCGAAGAAGAACGGGAAAAGUAGAACCUUGACAAGACAGUCUAUGUCACAAAUUUCAGUUUCAUCCUCUUCUACCUCAUCCAAACACACUCACACAAAUAAUUCCAGGGUACCAAAGAGACUGAGAAAGCCUGUAAAGCCUUUACAUUCUAAAAUCAGAAUGCGAAAUCACUUCAAACGAUCUGAGCAAAGAAAUGCUUCAAAAAAGCUUGAAGUAGGAAACCUAGUACUUAAAGAACCUAAAGUAGUUUUGUAUAAGAACAUCCCCAUUAAAAGGGAUAAAGAGAGUGGGGCACCAGCAAAGCUGAAAGAAACUACUGGUUGUUUGACAAGACAUGCAGCAAGAGAAUAUAAACUGAAUUCUUUGAAAGGCACUCAUGGUGAAUCGUCUUCGUGUACAUAUAUAACACGAAGUUCUAUAAGAACAAGAAACUCCAUGGAAACAACCGAUGCCAAGCUUCUGCCAAACACUUUGGAUGGUUCUAGAAGCAGCACUGGGAGUGAUACACUGUUGCACAGAACUGAUCCUCAAGGUCAGUUGGUUCAUAAAAAUGAACUUGCUCAAGAAACCUCAAAAAGACAGGACAGUAGAUAUAAGAAAAAUGGUUUGUGUUACUCUAAAAGGAAAUCUAGAUGGAACAGACACUUGAAGCAAGCUACUUGCACAGAAGCGUCAAAUUCAGUUUUUGAAACCUCUGACAAAGCUAAUACUUUGUCUGAUUUAGAAAACUCGCCUUGCGACUCUGGUGUAGGAGGUGCUGUUUCUGAUAGUCCUGCUGAUUAUACAGAUCUGCGAAAAUCCUCAGAUUGCCCUGUGGUCACAUCAGAAAUAAGGACAAAAGAUACCAUUAGAACUGUUAAAAGUAAAAAAAGCAGGCGCAUCACAAGAUAUGACGCACAAUUAAUUCUUGAAAAUAGCACUGGAAUUCCAAAACUAACACUUCGCAGACGUCAUGACAGCAACAGCAGCAAAACGGAAAAGGAGAAUGAAGGAAUGAGCUCAUCAAAAAUUAGCAUUAAAUUAAGUAAAGACCAUGAAAAGGACAACAACUUAUAUGUAGCAAAACUAAACAAUGGUUUUCACUCAGGAUCAGGGAGCAGUUCGACAAAAUUAAAGAUCCAGUUAAAGAGAGAAGAAGAAAGCAGAAUGUCUUUUCCAGAGGAACUGCAUGACAAUGGAGUGUAUUGUAGUGACACGUUAUCACUAUUGGGUACAAGGAUGGAAGUUGAUGAUUAUGAUCAUUACGAGCAAGAGAGUGUGGAGGAAUCUUCAAGUGAAGAAGAGGGUGAAGAAGACGAUGAUGAAUAUGAUGAUGAAUUUGAAGACGACUUUAUUCCUCUCCCACCAGCAAAACGUUUGAGGCUUAUUGUAGGGAAGGACUCUAUCGACAUUGAUAUAUCUUCCCGGAGGAGAGAAGAUCAGUCUUUAAGGCUUAAUGCGUGAAACACCCAUUUUAUAAAGUUCUUUUUUUUUUUUUUUUUUUAAUUGACCAGAACAGUAAUUUUUACUCAUUACUUAAAAAAAAAAAAGAAAACUUAUUCCAUUCAAUUAUUCCUGAACUAAAAAACUACGUUUUAGAGACUGCACUUAUGUAUUGUUAGUCCACUCUGAAUUGAAAUUGUAGAAAGUGUACAGCGGACUUGCAUUUUUUGAUUUUUACUGUACUUUUUAACAGUCUUAUGUGCAAUUUUGAGUUAAAAGGCAAAAAACAAAAAAGCGUGUCCUAUUGUAUAUUAUGGGAGGGAAAUGUAUAGAGAUAGUAAACUUUACACACGGGACAAUAAAAUCUAAUAUUGUGGCUACCCAAUCAUACUACCCAGGUCAUAGGAACUCUACAGUAUCAUAAAUAUUUUAACAAAAAUCACAGUAGUGUCAUUAAGUUUUUUUAGUAUGUUUAUUAUCACCAGCAAUGUAUUUACAGCUUUCAAAUUUAUUUGCUUGAUAUCUUGUCCUCCAUAAGUUCUCCUGUCAGAAGUCUAUUUUGUAAUGUAAUUCUAUCCUAAAAGUACUGUCUGUGGCCUUUGUUAGUAGCAAACUCUUCAUUAGAGGUCAAAUUUGAUUUCUUAAAAAUGAAAAAUUUGAGAAAAAUUCUAAAUGGUGUUUGCUUUAUCCUUUUAGCACAUUUUAUGUACGGGGUCUAGCCGUAUGCAGAAUAAAAGUUUGGAUAUGGUGUAUUUAUUGCUUGUUAUAUAAAUAAAAAAACAAUACUUGUAUUUAACACUUUUCAACAAUUUCUAGAUAAAAUUGUUCUUUGCAAGAAUAAUUGGUGCUUAUUUUUUCAUGGAAAAAAAUGCUGUGAAAUAAAAAAUGUGACAAGGAAGAAAUGUACCCAUAUAAAUGCAGCUGUCAUUUUUGUUUUCUUUUUAUAUAUAUAUAUAUAUAUAUAUAUAUAUAUAUAUAUAUUCAUCUUCUGUUGCACUUUGGCAAAACUAGAACGGACUGAACAUUUUAAACCUUUCGUCUGAUAGUAAGCUAAAGGUAUGUUUUUCUCUUGUAUAAACCUUAACAUGUAAAUACUAUUGUAAAUAUGUGUGUUGUGAGGAUUUUUAUUUCUGCCAUAAAAGUUGAUUUACUAUAACAGAUACAGGUUUCUAAGUUAAGUUCUCAUGUCAAUAAAAUAGGAAAUUGUAUACUGAAAUUUAAUUACUGAUUUGACUUUGUUUUUUAAUGAAUGAUUUUGCUUGUUUUUGCUUUCGGAUCAUGAUCUCCCCUAGGCACAGCAAGCACAAAUGGGCGAAAAUGUACAGUACUGCAACAGGUCCUAACUAAUUUGAGUAAAGCUACACCUUUUUAAGAGAAAAACAUUCAAUAUGACUGUGUAAUACGCACUAAUCGGCUCAUUUUAUGUUAUAUUCGCUUGUGAAAUGGUGAAUGUGAACACUAAUAAAGUAAUGGUCUUAAUUUA